GUUGUUUGGAGGGUGAUAAGAGCUCCGAAUUGAGUGCAGGCUUCUUGGACCAGGGCUGGGUCCAAAUCUUUCUUCGCUCGGCGGGAGUUGGAACUUCCGUCUUCGGAGUGGACUGCGAAGGGCUCCUUGACCUUGGGACCUUCGACACUUCCCUGGUGGGUUCGAAACUUCGCAAUGCUGGAUGGGCCAGCAACGAGGUGGACAUUGCUGCUGUGGCCUUUUGGGACCGUGCGCUCACCUGGGAGGAGCUUGCAACGCCGCUGCCUGCUGCAGCUCCUGCCCCACCUCUACCCGACGGCCCGCCGCAGAAGCACAUCUGCGGUCAGGUCACAGACCUCACCGGCGAACCACUCAAGGAUGUAAGCAUCAAGUGGAAGACGGGUGGUUGCAUGUCUGAUGGUGAGGGUGCCUUUGAGGCACUGCUCGAGGAUGCGGAGACGGAUGUCCCAGAGGAUGGCAGCCAAGCAUCUGCUUCGUCGUCCUGGUCUUGCGUCAGCUUCGAGUGUGAAGGCUUCGCCCCAACCUCGGUACGCACUUCCCUGGCCUCUGUGCAGUCGAUUACCGUGGCACUGCGGAAGCUCUCGGCCGCUUCUACAAUGGACAUGAGUGAGGGUGGCAUGGUCAUGGAUCCUGCUUCUGGCUCCUCCGUGACUGUUCCUCCCCACAGUUUGGUCUACGCCGACGGUUCACCCGUAACAGGACCAGUGACAGUAAGCCUGUCUGUCAUCGAUGCCACGGAUCCUGCAAGUUUGGCAUCGAUGCCAGGUGACUUUUCAGCCGUGGGGGCAGAUGGCGAAAGCGUGAUGCUAGAAAGCCUGGGUGCUGCUUGGAUUGGCGCUGUGGAUGCUAAGGGAGAAGCUUUAGAAGUGUGCGAAGACUCGCCAGGUUUCACAUUGGACAUUCACACUACAGCACGUGCGAAUGCCGCCAAGCUUGGCGUGACACCAGAGAUGUGGAGCUUCGACGAGGCAUCGGGCAAGUGGCAACUGGAGGUUUCGGACAUGGCUAUCAACG